AUGUCAUCCCCGUCCUCAUCUGAGCCAGUCUCUAUCCCCGUAGUCGUUCUCGGCUGGAAACGCACGAAUGGCGUUGUAUACGUUCCCGACGUCCUCGCCGAACGUAAUGCGCCGUACGUCAUGACUGCCAUGGUGGACUUUGUCGAGACGCUGGAGCCGUACCGCUACACACCAAAGAACCUCGGGGUGAUUCUCCAUAACCUGCACCCGCGGCCCCGGGCACUUGUCGUCGGCACCGCGGUGCCUCCGUCCCUCACAGACGAGAUCACGGCCGUUUGGAACGAGUACGUCGAUACGGUUCUGAAGGAGGAGUUUCCGGGCGAAGAAUGGAAGAAGAAUGUUUGCUCUCAUUUACAACUUUUCCACUACGUAAGCCCUGAGACGACCAAGCACCCGCCGAAGAACAUCGGGUGGGAGAGAGAAAUGCUCAGACAGUUGGAUGUCGUAUUCCGGCCAGAAGUGACUUGGGACUGA